AUGAAGGAUUUAUUUUUUUUAAAAACAUCUGCAUGCUUUAGAGCGCGAAAUAGCUUAUACUUUUUAAGUUUUCUUAAUUUUCUAAAAUUACGAUUAAGUAAUUUAACCUAUAUACAUAAUAUUGGAUUGCCUCAAAGAAAGAGAAGCAGUUGUAGAAGCUCCUUGAAUCAGGGAGAAAUGGAAUAUCUCUCUCAAACUAUAGCACAAACAAUAGAUAAUGAAUUAAUGAAUGAUGAAGUCGGGUACACAACAGAGCAGCUGAUGGAAUUAGCGGGACAUUCUAUUUCUCAAAUAAUUUUUAAGGAAUAUAAUCCUAGGAAGUUUAAUAAAAUUCUCAUUUGUUGUGGUCCCGGCAAUAAUGGAGGAGACGGACUUGUAGCAGCUCGUCAUUUAAAAGAAUUCGGUUAUAACGUUACGGUCAUAUACCCUAAGGAAAAUAAGAAAACCCUCUUCAAAAGGUUAUUAAAGCUGAUGGAGCAUUACGAAAUUGGUGUUUUAAAAUUAACAACAGCAGAAGAAAUGUUGGGGUAUGAUUUAAUAGUAGAUGCUAUUUUUGGUUUUAGCUUUAAAGGAGAACCCAGGACUCCGUUCGAUGCAUUAAUUGAGAUGAUUAACAAUUGCAAAAAGCCGGUUGUCUCAAUUGACGUUCCCUCGGGUACUAACAUAGAUUCAGGUGAUACAACUAGCAGCCUUUUUGUGCAUUCUGAAAUGAACAUAUCUUUAAUGCUACCAAAAGAAGGUUUAAAAAAUUAUCAGAAAAAACAUUACUUGGGAGGGCGAUUCAUACCAACUUCUAUAAUUAAAAAGUAUAACUUAAAGGUCCCUCCGUUCCCAGGAGAUAGCUCAUAUGUCCAGUUAUAG